CCUAGUAUGGAGAAAUGUGGAAUAACAGAAGCAGGUUGUGUUUACCUGAGCAAAGCUCUGAGAUCAAACCCUUCUCAUCUGAGAGCGCUGGACCUGAGCAAGAACAACAUUGGAGACUCGGGAAUGAAACAUCUUUGUAUUUCUCUGGUGAAAAUUCAGUGUGUAUUGGAAACACUAAAUCUGGAGAACUGUAGAGUAACAGAAGCAGGCUGUGUUUACCUGAGCAAAGCACUGAGAUUAAACCCUUCUCAUCUGAGAGUACUGGACCUGAGCUGGAACAACAUAGGAGACUCUGGAGUUAAAUAUCUUUGUACUUCUCUUAUGAACAUUCAGUGUGCAUUGGAAACACUAAGGUUGUCCAAGUGUAAAGUUACACAUGAAGGUGUGACAGCACUGACUGAAGCUCUGAAGUCAAAUCCAUCCCACCUGAAAGAAGUUGAUCUGCUUGAGAAUGAUACUGGACAAGUCAUCAAAAAACAGUGUUCAUUAAGAUAACUCUAAAAAUAAACAUUCAAGCUUUUAACAUUGUGAUGAUACAAAUUUAAAGGGAUAGUUCACCAAAAAUGAAUUUGUUUUGUUUACUCACCCUCAUGUUGUUGCAAACCUGCAUGAAUUUCUUUCUUCUGUUGCACACAAAAGAAGA